CAUAUAUUCCAAAGCCCAAACCAUUAUCAUUCUCUUCCUUUUUUACUUCUUUGCAAUCGAAAGCCUUCCUUCUCCACUUAUUGGUUUUCGUUUUUUUUUUCUUUCCUCUGCAUGCGUUUUGAGUCAACCGGGUUGCAGAGUUAACCGGUUCAAUCCUCUCAUUCAUCUUGCCCUCAUCUCAUAGCAAGAGAGCACACAAAAUUCGUGCCACUCUGAGAAUUUUGAAACACCCUUUUGCAGUGGCUUUUCAAUACCGUGCUUUUUUAUGUUUUGAGAGAGAAAAAUUGUUACUUUCAGUUUCUCUUAACCAAGUUGAUAGCUUUAAGCUUUUCGGGGGAAGCAACAAUGCUUCCACGAUUCAUUGCUUCGAGGAGGAACAUAUCAACUUGGCCUCCUUUCUCUCAGAGAUUAAAGCAAACAGAAAAUGAGAUUGUUCAAAUGUUUCGCUUGCCUGAUUCUCAAGAAGGAAACCAUAGUCUUCCCAUGAAAGGAGGUAGAGUAUGGAGGAAGGAUCCUAUUGCUCGGAUUUUGGAUGAACGAUUCAUUAGGAUUUUGAAAAUAUUUAAAUGGGGACCUGAUGCAGAAAAGGCUUUGGAAGUGCUGAAGCUUAGGCUUGACACUCGCUUGGUUCGCGAGGUUUUAAAGAUAGAUGUUGAGGUCAAUGUGAAGAUUCAGUUUUUUAAAUGGGCUGGGAAAAGAAAGAAUUUUGAACAUGAUUCAACUACUUAUAUGGCUUUGAUUCGAUGCUUAGACGAAAAUAGGCUUUUUGGUGAACUGUGGAGGACAAUACAAGACAUGGUUAAGAGUCCAUGUGCAUUUGGUCCUUCUGAAUUGUCUGAAAUUGUGAAAAUCUUGGGUAGGGUUAAGAUGGUCAAUAAGGCAUUAUCGGUUUUUUAUCAGGUUAAGGGUCGUAAGUGCAGACCUACAUCGAGCACUUACAACUCUGUCAUCUUGAUGCUGAUGCAAGAGGGGCAUCAUGAGAAAGUUCAUGAGCUGUAUAAUGAAAUGUGUAAUGAGGGUUAUUGUUUCCCCGAUACAGUUACAUAUAGUGCGCUAGUUUCAGCAUUUGCAAAGCUGAAUCGCAAUGAUUCAGCCAUUAGAUUAUUUGAUGAGAUGAAGGAGAAUGGAUUACAGCCCACGGAAAAAAUUUAUACAACUUUGAUGGGAAUAUACUUUAAGUUGGGUAGGGUUGAGGAGGCGUUGAAACUAGUUCAAGAGAUGAGAAUGAUGCGGUGUUCUCCAACUGUCUAUACUUAUACGGAAUUAAUAAGGGGAUUGGGGAAGACUGGGAGGGUUGAAGAUGCAUAUGUAAUUUACAAGAAUAUGUUGAAAGAUGGUUGCAAACCGGAUGUUGUCCUGAUGAAUAAUGUGAUCAACAUUUUGGGUAGAUCAGAUCGCUUAAAAGAUGCUAUUGCGCUUUUUGAUGAAAUGAAGUUGCUGAAUUGCACACCUAAUGUUGUGACAUACAAUACCAUUAUCAAAUCUUUAUUCGAGGCCAAGGCCCCACCUUCUGAGGCUUCUUCGUGGUUAGAGAAAAUGAAAAAAGAUGGAGUAGUCCCCAGCUCAUUUACAUAUUCAAUUCUCAUUGAUGGUUUCUGCAAAACAAACCGAGUUGAGAAGGCUUUGUUGCUUCUUGAAGAGAUGGAUGAAAAAGGCUUUGCACCUUGUCCUGCUGCCUACUGCAGCCUGAUCAAUAGCCUCGGUAAAGCAAAACGUUACGAGGCUGCAAAUGAGCUGUUCCAAGAAUUGAAAGAAAACUGUGGAAGUUCGAGCGCUCGUGUGUAUGCUGUCAUGAUUAAACAUUUUGGAAAAUGUGGACGACUCAAGGAAGCUAUCAGUCUUUUUAACGAGAUGGAAAAACUCGGAUGCACUCCCGAUGUUUAUGCUUAUAAUGCUCUCAUGACCGGGAUGGUAAGGGCUGACAUGAUAGACGAAGCUUUUUCCUUGUUUAGAACUAUGGAAGAAAAUGGUUGCACCCCUGAUAUAAACUCCCAUAAUAUAAUCCUAAAUGGAUUGGCUAGGACAGGUGGCCCGAAACGCGCUAUGGAAAUGUUCACAAAAAUGAAGAGUUCUAUUAUUAAGCCAGACGCGGUUUCGUACAACACCAUUCUUGGUUGUCUUAGCCGUGCUGGUCUAUUUGAAGAGGCUGCAAAGCUUAUGAAAGAAAUGAGUUCAAAAGGAUUCCAGUAUGAUCUUAUCACCUAUUCUUCAAUACUUGAGGCAGUUGGUAAGGUUGAUGAAGAACGUAAUAUGCUGGAGUAAUCAUGAAAAUGGCAUGCUUGAGACAGGAGAUCAGCCUGUGCAAAUGGAUACUGAAACCAAGGUACUUACCGAAAGAGAAACAUAAUCCUGUGCUCAAAUACUUUGUUUUCACUUGUAUUGUUGCUUUCUUGUCUGGAUUUAAUUGUUUAUUCCUUCCUUUGUGGAAUGAAAUACCAAUACCAAGGUGGUUACUGAAAGAAAAACUUACUUGUGUGCUGAAAUACUUUGUUUGGCUUGGUUUCUAGUUUUCAUUACAACUGAUGUAUUUGCUUCCAAAUAUGCCACCGCUGUCCUCUUGUCAGCUGACAUAAGAAAAAAGCCGAGGUUGUUGAUAAGUUUUUGUUUUACCUUUAUAGACUCAGACCGGAGUCCCGCAAAAUAGCUUUAUUAUUCUGGUUCUUUUUUGACAAAGUUCCUCAACCUCGUUCUUGUUUAUUUCUCUAAUUAUAAAACAUAGGUUCAGUAAGCCAAUUAUGAGAAACCAAGGCCAGCCAAGCCAGCUACUCUAGAAACACCACUAACCCCGCCUCCUAAGGAUGGUGAGCAGCAGCAACAACAACCAGAACAGCAACCUCAGGAGGAUGCUAAUGCCAGUACUAAUGAGAAUGCAGGAGAUGGUGGUAAUCAGGUCCCACAAACCUCUGGCGAACCAAUGGAGACCGACAAGUCAGAGAACACAGGCUCUGCCUAAUUUUCGUUGUUGAUUUUGCUGUGAGGUUCAUGUCUUCAUGACAUGUCCAAUCUAAUAGUCUCUACCUUUUGUAAAAUAUGUAUACCUUUAUAUAAAAUUCUAAGUUUUGGUGUAACUUCUUUUAUUUUAUCAUUGGGUAAAUCACCAUUCUAGUCAUUGAA